AUGAAUUUUUACUUCUCAAGACCAUUUUCUUCUUCACCGACAGCAUCAAUAGAGGCGCUGCCUCCAGAAAUCCUACUUCCGAUCGUCACAAGCCUUCCCGGUCUCGACACGCUUUGGGAUUUGUUGAGGGCAUCACCCAACGUCUGGCGUCUCUUCAACGAGAACACCCUUUCCAUUAUCGAAAGAAUUCUCCUUAGUCCCAAGGCGAUAUUACCACCUGUGGUUGCAGAGGCGGUACGCGCCGUUAUACUUACCCGCUUAAAGGCACUCCCUUUUCGGAACCUACAUGAGUUCCAGCACCAAUUUGUACUCAAGUUAUUUCCCGUAUUUCCAAUGAUCAGUAAAACUAAGGACAAGUUGAUCAAUAUUGAACCCCAAGUUUUGUCAGCUGCAGCACCAUCUGUGUUGGUUCUUCGAUCCAUAGUUGCAACAGCUUACCAGAUCUCCGCUCUUUCACAAGCAUGCUUGUCAUCUUAUCUCGAACGACUGAGAGACAUCAGCUUCAGGCCGAUGCAUUGCCUCGACCCAAAUCUCAGUUACACUAAUUCUUAUGGGUUUGGCGACGAAUGGGUCCCGGCGUGGGAUCGUGUUUUCGAAGGCACACCUGCUAAGGUGGUUGGUGCUGGGCAGCCAAACUGGGUGGAGGAGAUGCGAGCUGUUCGUGCUCUAUGGAUUAUUCAGCUUGUGGGAGAAGUGCAGUGUCAGAGGAAUACUUUGGACUGGCCAAACGAUAAUGUCGAUAAGUUGAAAGAUAUGAACUCAGCUGACAUGAUCGAUCGGAUUCAAUAUCAUGAAGCUCUUCAAAACUCUGAAGAGGUCACGUCUCUGAUGUACUACAUUGCUACCCUUGGGGAGGCUAAACAAGAUGUAUACUACCGACUCCCUCCGCCGCCGCCAUUUGUGAGAUGGAUCACGGCGUCGCCCAACCGAAACGAGCGUUUCUCCAAGUUUCUCCGGUAUCGCCGUGAUGGAACAUCACUCUCGCUUCGAUGCCUCACCGACGACCACAAAUGGGGUCGGACUGAGGAGGCCCUGAGACAAGAAGCUCCUGGAAUGCUAAUCUACAGACGACUCAAUAGACCCCCAACUGAUACCGUCGGUGCAUCGCCAAUAGAAGGAGUAAAGUUCGGCUCGUUCCGCCAGCUCGGUUUCGCAUUCUGGGAUAUGUGGAGGAUACACCUUUUGGGUAUGCACAGUGGUUGA